AUUUAUAGAAGUAAACAAGGCCAACAACCGCCGCCGCACCACCCAUCCCGUCUGGAGCGAGCUAGCCAGGCUGCCAUGGCUGCGGCGAACGCAGGGGACGUGGAUGUGGUCGAUUUCGACUCCGACGACGACGACCUCAUGGACGACGACGCCCUCGAGGCCUACCCGGCCUCCGCCCCUCGCCUCCGCUCCACCAUCGCGGCCAGCGGAGAUUCCUCCGCUGCCGCGCGCAAGACCAAAGGCCGCGGAUUCCGCGAGGAGCCUUCCUCCUCGCGGCCCUUAGCCGGCCGCUCCGACUUCGACUCCCUCGGCUCCGACUAUGGCCCUGGACCCCUCAGAUCUAUUGAGGGGUGGAUUAUUUUGGUAACUGGCAUCCAUGAAGAAGCACAGGAGGAUGAUCUCCAUAAUGCUUUCCGGGAAUUUGGGCAGGUCAAGAACCUUCAUUUGAAUUUAGAUCGUCGUACUGGGUUUGUCAAAGGAUAUGCUUUGGUUGAAUAUGAGAGCUUUGAUGAAGCACAGGCUGCAAUUAAAGCAAUGGAUGGAACUGAGCUUGUUACACAGAUAAUAAAUGUUGACUGGGCAUUUAGUAGUGGCCCAGUUAAGCGAAGAAAUGUUCGCUGGAGAUCAAGGAGCCCUGUCAGGAGAAGAUACUGAACUUGCUUUCUUCACCUAAUCACAGGGAGUGCUUAUGUGAUGAAUAUUGUUCGUUUUCUAGGCUUUGCUUCUCAACUACGUGAGUAAAGUUGGAUGCACGAUGGUCUGGCUUCCGUUUUCAACUUUAUGCAGUAUGAGUGUUGUAUGUCAUUUCCUACUAUUUUGGUGUAUGUGGGCGUGUGUUCAAAUAUACCAUAUUGCCAUGAGCACUAUUAGUCUCUGGUUGUAAUUGUGAUACUGGAGUGGAUGCCUCGCCUUUUUUGUUAUCUGUGUUACCGCACGCCCAUUGUGCCACGUGUAGGAAGACAAUGUAAUGUCAAUUCAUGGUUACCUUUUUUUUAAUUAUUUUUUAUGAUGAACAAAUCA